GACCUGGAGAUCGGACGUCUCGCGGCGGACACCAACCCCGAGGCCUACCCACACGAAGAGAAGGACUUGAAGUCGCUCUUGAACGCCCACAAGAGCUGGACCAACAGCAAACAAGCUGACGAAAUUCUGAAGCGCUGGCCUGCGUGCAUGUCCGAGUUUGUGCGUGUCUUCCCAAAGGACUUCAAAGCCGCAGUCCAGGCAGCCAUUGAUCGGGGCGAGCACACGCCGAUAGGCUCGAUGCGCGAGUACCUCCCCUCGCAGGAGGCGCUCAAUGACCAUUCGAGCAAGCAGCGCAUUCGCAAGCAGCCGAAGGUCAGGAGAAGUUCCUUCGAGGAUGACUCGGUUCCCGUCAGCAUGGACAUUGAAGACGUGGCUCUCUUCCAGAAGACGACGAAGGGAAACCGUCCACAAAAGAUCGAGGAUGCCAAGCUGGUGGCAACUUCCAACCGAGGCUUCCUGGAGGUGGAUCGCGGCGACCUCCCGAAGCGAGGAGUUGAGGAACGUGUUUCUGACUUUAAAGAAAUCCUGGCAAAGAAAGACGAGGUGGCUGUUCAGACCCAGGCUUCCCGCUGCAUGGACUGCGGCACGCCCUUCUGCCACCAGUCCGUAACGGACAAGUCCGGAUGCCCGCUCGGGAAUCUCAUCCCGGAAUGGAACGACCUGGUCCGAAAGGGUGCCUGGUUCGAUGCGUUCAAGCGGCUGAUGGCCACCAACAACUUCCCAGAAUUCACUGGCCGGGUCUGCCCAGCACCUUGCGAAGGUGCCUGCACACUUGGCAUCAUUGAUGAUCCAGUGGCGAUCAAAUCCGUGGAGCUGUCCAUCAUUGACAAGGCUUAUGAGAUGGGCUGGAUGGUGCCGAGUCCGCCCAAGGUACGAACAGACAAAAGGAUUGUCAUCGUGGGCUCUGGGCCUUGCGGCCUGGCUGCAGCUGAUCAGCUCAACAAGAUGGGGCAUCGUGUCACUGUCCUGGAGCGAGCAGAUCGCAUUGGAGGACUCAUGAUGUAUGGCGUGCCCAACAUGAAGACUGACAAGAUGGAUGUGGUCCAGCGAAGAGUGGAUAUUAUGAAGCGAGAGGGCAUAACUUUCGUCACUGGUCCUGCUGGGCGUGUCGCAGAGAGCAUGGAGGCGCACAUCGAGGGUACAAACAUGGGGCCAAGAGCCUCGCAGCUGCUGGAGGAGUAUGAUGCCGUAUUGCUGGCUGUCGGCGCCACUGUCGCCCGAGACAUGCAAUCAGUGCCCGGGCGUGACCUUAGUGGCAUUCAUUUGGCAAUGGAUUACCUGACCCACAACACCAAGGCCUUGUUGGAUGGCGGUGAUGUCAGCAACAAGUGGCGACGGUGGUGGGGAGCAAAGAAGAACGGCAUGGAUCCGAAGACCUUGGACGCCAAGGACAAGAAAGUGAUUGUCAUCGGAGGUGGUGACACAGGCAAUGAUUGUAUCGGCACAGCUGUGCGCCAGGGUGCCAAGGCAGUCGUGAACCUGGAGCUGAUGGGAAAGCCACCGAAGCAGCGUGCUCCGCACAAUCCCUGGCCGCAUUGGCCGAUGGUGUUCAAGGUGGAUUACGGUCACGAGGAGGCUGCGAAUCAGUGCAACAAUGACCAGGACAUCCGACAUUACGGUGCUCUGACCAAGGAGUUCCUAGACGAUGGUCACGGCAAUGUGAAGGGCAUCAAGAUGGUAAACGUUCGAUGGGAGAAAAUCGACGGCCAAAUGCGGAUGAUGGAGCAACCUGGAUCUGAGAAGAUCAUCGAAGCAGAUUUGAUUCUCCUCGCGCUGGGCUUCCUAGGGCCUGAGAAUCCCUUAGCUGCUGCCUUUGGCGUUGACAUGGAUGAGCGUGGCAACUACAAGGCCUUGUAUCAGAAGAGUGAAGGCGACUUUCAGACAUCAAAUCCGAAAGUCUUCGCAGCAGGCGAUUGCCGACGUGGGCAAUCCCUUGUGGUCUGGGCGAUCAAGGAAGGACGUGAUGCUGCUACGGCCGUCAACAGCUAUCUUACGAACGAGUAUCCAGCGUGA